GUUUCAGCUAAGAAGACUAGGAAGGAGAUUAAGGAGAAGAACAAGAUGUUCCACAUUGUUCACUCCCUCCCCUUAAAGCACCUCUCACUACCCUUCCACUCUUUUGUUCCUCCCAAAUUCAUUGUUCCUUUGAAUAGGAACUUUUCUUUCAUUUUUCCAACUUCUCUCUCUGUCAGAUGCAACCACUCCAACAUCGUGGAACCCUUCCCACCACUGCCUCAAUAUCCCUCGGUUGCAGAAUUGCCGCAAAGGGUGUACGCAGAUUACUCUGUUUAUACAGCGAAGGGUGUGCUCACCUUGACUCCUAAACCUCCGGAAUUUGAAUCAAAAGCUUCUGGGGCGUUUGGGGUGUCUAGGGAAGGUUAUAUGUUGCUCCAGUUUGCUCCUUCUGUUGGUACCGAAGAAUCCAUAUAUGAUUGGAACCAAAAGCAGGUAUUCUCACUUUCUGUAAGUGAAAUGGGGACUCUAAUUAGCCUUGGUGCAAUGGAGUCUUGGGAAUUUUCUCGUAAGACUGCUAAGGCAAAAAGCAAUGGAAUUGAAGUUAGAAAAGUUUUGAAAGUGGAGCCACUUCUGGAUGCUACUGGUCACUCAUUUAGCUUAAGUGUUUAUAAAAAACCUGCGAACAUGGAGGAAAUUGAGGAAAACAUCUAUCUCCCUAUUACAAGGGCGCAGCUAGCAGUUUUAAGGUCAAUUUUCAAUUAUAUCGUGCCGUACCUUCUAGGUUGGAAUGCAUUUGCAAGCACCAUAAAGGCAGAGGUAUAUAGUCAAAUGAACAGUGCCAACCCCAGAUACAGUGCAAAUAAUGAAUGGAACAGAUAGUGAUCAUCACUUCAUCACUUACUGUAGACAGUUAGUUACAAAACCCUAUGCUACCUUCUCAACUUUGAAAUGUGUUGAAUCUUUUCAUUCUGAUAGCAUAGUUUUUUGAGUAUCAUUGUUAGAACACUCAGUUUUAAUUUAUUUAUUUACUUUUAUUCCUUUC